AGCACUUAUCUCGAGUAAUCAAUUGAAAAUAUUUACUGUCACAAUGAAUUUGUAUUAGUCCUCUUAAAUCUCGUCCUAAACAUAGUGCAAAAUGUAUAUCAGUUUUAUUAUUUUAAUAUUAUUGAAUUUUUCAAAAUGUCACGGCUUAGAUCGUUUGAAUUUGGGUGGUUUUUGGAGGUUGAAUGGAACUAACCAAGAACAUAAGAUACUCAAUGCAACAGUACCAGGAGGGAUAUUUAGCGAUUUAUUAUUGAAUAAAAUCAUUGAGGAUCCACUUUAUGAUGAGAAUGAUCAGAAAUACAAAUGGGUUGGAGAAUCAGAUUGGAUAUAUUAUAGAAAUUUUACAGUCCCAGAAAGUAUGCUUGGUUACAAUAAUAUAAAUAUUAUAUUUGAAGGACUUGAUACAAUAGCUUCAAUAUAUUUGAAUGGGAUACAUAUAGGAAAUACCAGCAAUAUGUUUGUGAAAUACAUUUUUGAUGUAAAGCAUGUACUUUCGUUGGGAACUAACCAAAUAGAAAUCUUGUUCACCUCACCGGUACAAAUGGGAAAAACAUUGGCAAAUGAUAGCCUUUAUCCAAUACCACCACAAUGCCCACCAAAUGACUAUAGGGGCGAAUGUCAUGUGAAUCAAUUGAGAAAAAUGCAAGCUUCUUUCUCCUGGGACUGGGGACCAGCAAUAGCUUCAAUGGGAAUCUGGAGAGAUGUAUAUCUCGAAGGCUCCAAUUCCUCUGUUAUCAGAUACGUUGUGGUAGAGCUGAUAGAAGAUUCUGCAAACGAUAUGUGGAAUGUGAAAAGUAAAACAUAUCUGUCAAAAACUCGAGGAGCAAAAGCAGAUGAUACCAAGAUUAUUUAUAGAAUUGAAGCUGAUUUCCACACUAAUCUGAUAUUCGUUGAGGAUGUAAAUGGUACAAUUUUCGACUUGGACGAGCCUGUUAUUGAAAACACACUUCAGGUUCCGAAGAAUGUAGUAAAAAGAUGGUGGCCCAAUGGUUACGGAGAACAAAACAUGUACAAUUUCAACGUUUCCAUUAUUUCUCUAGGAGGGAACGAUACCUUCAUACAAAGAAUAGGAUUUAGGACAGUCGAGCUUGUACAAGAAGAAAUAAAAGGAAGCAAACAAGAAAAAUGGGGAAACACCUUUUAUUUCAAGGUGAAUGGAAUUCCUAUCUUCGCCAAAGGUUCUAACUAUAUUCCAUCCAGCAUCCUUCCUGAAAAAGGGCAGGAUAAGAAGCUCAUAGACUCAAUUUUACAAACGGCACGAGAUUGCAACAUGAACAUGCUCAGAGUUUGGGGAGGUGGAAUCUAUGAAUCGGAUUAUUUUUAUCAAAGGACUGAUGAAUUAGGGAUAAUGGUAUGGCAGGAUUUCAUGUUUGCUUGUGCUCUUUAUCCCACAAGGAAGGAGUUUCUGGAGAACGUGAGAAGCGAAGUGAACCAUCAAGUGAAACGAAUAGCUAGCCAUCCCUCAAUUAUUUUAUGGGCCGGAAACAAUGAGAACGAAGCUGCUAUCACCGGAAAUUGGUAUAGAAGUAACGGAAAACAAAUAUACAACGAUGACUACAAGAAACUGUAUAAGCAAACAAUCCGAACAGAAUUCCAAAAAUUAUUGGAAGGAGGAAUAUUCUUGUUGUCAAGUCCAAGCAAUGGGAUUAAGACAGAUGAAGAUGGCGGAAUAUCUAAAAAUCCUUACGACCUACGAUACGGAGAUGAUCACACUUAUAUCUAUGCAUUAGAUGGUUUCAACCCGAAUAUUUAUCCCAUUCCAAGAUUUUCAUCUGAGUAUGGAUUUCAGUCCUAUCCGGCGUACUCUUCUCUCAAGAAAUCCACCAGCAAUGAAUCCAAUCUGGUAAUAGGAAGUGGUUUCUUGGAAGGCAGACAACACCACCCUUUGGGCGAUUUAGAAAUGACGCUCCUCAUCAGUUAUCAAUUCCAAUUGCCGCCAAGAAAUAGCGCCAAUUAUACGAGAGUUUUCAUUUACUACAGCCAAGUCUACCAAGCGGCUGCUAUAAAAACUGAGACAGAACAUUAUAGAAAAUAUAGGAGUAUCCUUAAUUUAGACGGUACCGGUUUGACCAUGGGGGCCCUCUACUGGCAGCUGAAUGAUGUAUGGCUAGCUCCCACUUGGUCUGGAAUGGAUGUUUCUGGAAAAUGGAAAAUUCUUCAGUAUUUGAUUCGGGAUGCAUUCGCCCCUUUGAUAACUGUCGGACAGUUGACUCCUUAUGGAAGUUUAGAUAUAACAAUUGUAUCUGACAAAACCGUAUUAACUGAUGCUACGUUAUCUGUUGAAGUGUUCAAAUGGGAUUCCUUCACACCUAUUGCAAAAAUCGAGAAAAACGUUUCAAUGGAGACAACUUCAUCGAAAACGGUCAUGUCGAUGCAAACUAGCGAAUAUCUGACCGAAUUGGGUUGUGGCCAAUUGUCCAAUGCAGCCAAUAAUUGUUUCUUUACUCUGAAUCUCCUCAAUGGAACUACGAAGCUAGCACCAGAAAAUUUCGUUUUUCCAAAACCCUUGCAUGAUUCGAAUUUGCAAACGCCAAAAAUAGAGAUCACAUCAGUAACAACUAUAAGUUCAGAUAAGGAACGGAGAUUCAAAAUCGUUCUGAAGACUUCUCAAAUAGCACUUUUCAUCUGGUUGGAGUGUGGAGAAGUAACUGGAAAGUUUUCCGAGAAUGGAUUCCAUCAAAUCACCUCAACAAAAACUAUUUAUUUCGAAACGGAUGGAGAUAUAAGCUCUGAGGAAUUGAGGAAAACGAUUGCAAUCUCUAAUAUUCUCUCAGUCAGUGAAAUGUAUUAGUUCAUCUGGAAAAUAAAUCAUUUAAUAUAAAAAACCCAAA